ACAGAACAGACGCGCUGCAGCUAAAGUGUUAGUUUACAGUCACAUUAGAGUAAAACAGCAUGUGGAUGCAUGUGUUUUAGGAGGGCAGUGGAUAUGGCUGCUGCUGCUGGUGCUGCUGGUGGUGGUGGUGUUGUCUUUCUCCUCACUGCCGGGAUCUUUGCCUGUUCAGCUGUUUGUGGAAACUUGGUCUCCGAGGAAAGAUCUUUCUCCAUAGACUAUAAAAGCAACUGCUUCCUAAAGGAUGGGAAGCCUUUUCAGUACAUCUCUGGCAGCAUUCACUACUCCAGGAUUCCCCACUACUACUGGAAGGACCGGCUCAUGAAGAUGUACAUGACAGGGCUCAAUGCUGUCCAAGUAUACGUGCCCUGGAACUACCACGAGACCGUACAGGGCGUCUACAACUUCACAGGAGACAGAGAUCUGGAGCGUUUCUUGGAUCUGGCCAAUCAGACAGGUCUUCUGGUCAUCCUGCGUCCUGGACCGUACAUCUGUGCUGAAUGGGAAAUGGGAGGUUUGCCGGCGUGGUUACUUCAAAAACCGAACAUCGUUCUCCGUUCAGCCGACACAGAUUAUAUGCAGGCAGUCAGCAACUGGUUGGCAGUCCUCCUCCCUAAAAUGAAACCGUGGCUCUACAUCAACGGGGGGAACAUCAUAACUGUCCAGGUUGAGAAUGAGUACGGGAGUUACUUUGCCUGUGACUACAACUACAUGCGUCACCUGAGAACGCUGUUCAGCUUCUUUCUGGGUGAAGAAACGGUGUUGUUCACCACUGAUGGAAACACAGACAAGGAGAUGACAUGCGGGUCUCUGGAGGGGUUAUACGCCACUGUGGACUUCGGCACAGAUACCAAUAUCACCGAAGCCUUCAAACGACAACGGCGAUAUGAACCCCGAGGACCUCUGGUGAAUUCAGAGUUCUACACCGGCUGGCUGGACCACUGGGGGGAUCAGCACGCCGUGGUCGAUGCUCAGAAGGUCGGCAGAGUGCUCGAGGAAAUGCUGGUCAUGGGGGCCAACGUCAACAUGUACAUGUUUGAAGGAGGAACUAACUUCGGCUACUGGAAUGGCGCCGAUCAUGACACCAGGUUUCGCUCAGUGGUGACAAGUUACGACUACGACGCCCCGCUGACGGAGGCAGGAGACCCCACGGAGAAGCUGCUGGCCAUCAGAGAUGUUAUAACGCAGUUUAGAGAGGUUCCCUCUGGGCCCAUUCCUCCAGCAACUCCGAAGUUUGCCUACGGAUUUGUCACCCUACAAAAGGUUGGAAACCUCAGCAGUGUGCUCAGCGUUAUUUCACCUCUGGGACCGGUCAAAUCUCAGCACCCUCUGACAUUCGAAGAGUUGAAACAGUACUAUGGAUACGUGCUGUAUCGGACUACGCUGCCCCGGGACCUCUCGGAGCCCACGCCACUUAUCUCCCCGCUGAAUGGGGUUCAUGACCGCGCAUAUGUGUCCGUCAAUGGGGUUUAUCAGGGACUGCUGGAGAGAGACACCACGCUGGUGAUGAAUGUAACUGGACAGCGAGGGGACACUCUGGACAUCCUUGUUGAGAACAUGGGCAGAGUUAACUUUGGCAGCAAAAUCAACGACUAUAAGGGCCUGUUGAGCAGCCUGAUCCUGGGCAGAGACAUACUGGCAGACUGGCAGAUUUACCCUUUGGACAUUGAUGGAGCCAUUUCUGCGGGAUGGCCUCAUUCACGAGGGCCAAAGUCCCCUCCCACCCGUCUGAGGGAAUCUUCCGCGGGACCGGGUUUCUACACGGGGACUUUACAGCCCAAUGGUUUAUCAUGGGACACCUUUCUCAAGCUCACUGACUGGAAAAAGGGUCAGGUUUGGAUUAACGGCGUGAACCUGGGACGGUACUGGCCGGCCAGGGGCCCUCAGAAGACCCUGUAUGUUCCUGGACCCCUGCUAAACUCCAACUUGCCCAACACCAUCACGGUGCUGGAGCUGGAGAGCGCCCCAGCGCAGCUCCGAGUCCUCUUUAUGGAACGGCCUCUGCUCAACAUCACCGCCGGGAAGUCUUGACAGACCUCAUGGAGUUUUGCACCAAAAGAACUUUCCACACAUUUCAGCAGGAGAAGCACUAUCCUGAAAACCGUUGCAAGCAUUUCAAUAA